GAAAUAGUCUAAAUGUCCCGGAAACGAUUCUACUUGGGGGCGCAACAUUCCAGACGUUCAGAAUGAAUCAAAGAAUGAAUGCAUGAGGACUUUUAGACUCUCAACUUUUACAUAACAUAACCCGCAACCCCUGCCUACCUUUCUACAUACUGGGUCUGUCAUAAGUGCCUUUUAAAAGCACCGUUAGCAACACAGGAGACACGUGAAAUAAAGCUGCUGGCGGGACACCUCGCAAUGCGUCGGCUCACUAAAGAGGAUCUGAAGACCCUGGAAGUAGAUCUUAAAAACUACUUUCCACAGUCGCUGCAGGUAUAUGGAUAUAUUGUUCAACUCAACAGGAAUGGACAGAGAGCUGAUCCUGUUAGUGUGCUUGUUGACCAGUGGCCAGAGUUCAGAGUUUUACUUUUUAAACCAGAAUUCCGUGAGAAGGGAGACCUUUUCAAAGACUUGACUGUGUUUUCAAAAAACGAUGUCUACCUCAGAGACCUGCUGACACAUUCAGAUGUCAUUGAUUGGAAGAUUUUGAUUUGCUUGGCCGCAGAGCUUCAUCAUGAGAAGAUCCUGGAAGUCGUGGCAAGAAACAGAGAUGUACCUAUGAAAAAAGAAGCUGUGUGCUACAUGCUGGUUCUUCGGGAUCCAUCAAAACUCUUAUAUGUUGAUAGUUCAUCACUGAAGCUGUCUUCUCUCAAUGAGUCUCAUCUUGAGCUAGUCAACCGUAGCUGGAAGUUUGGCUGUGAAGAUAGCAAACUAAUGAUUAAGAAUAUGAUUUUGAACUUCCCCUCUUGUUGUGUCCUGGACUCAAACGAUCAACCGGUAGCAUGGAUUUUAACUUAUGCUUCCUGUGCAUUGGGAAUGCUGUACACACUUCCAGAACACAGAGGAAAAGGCUAUGCAAAAGCACUGGUCACCAUUAUGUCAAAGAGACUCCACUCUCAGGGUUAUCCGGUGUACUGUUUUAUAGAGGAAGAGAACCAUUUAUCCUACAGCCUCUUCACAAGCCUGGGUUUCACAGAAGAACCGGAUUACAGGGCAGCCUGGUUUGUCUUUAAUGACUUGUAAGUGGGUCCCAUCAGAGCAGCCAAUCACAAUUGUUAAGCUUCUGUCUGAGAAGCUAUAUAGAGUUAUGUACAAUCUGUUUUUUUUUACUUUUAAAGAUGUCCACAAGGCCACCAUCAACAACAAAAAUAAUUAAUUUAUUUGAAUAAAUCCAUUAAUAAAAUGUGUAACACACAA